AUGAUUGCGUUACAACAUCGGCCUAUCUUGCCGCCCGCCAAAGUGGAUAUCUCACUGCUACUCAAGCCCCAAGAUGAGGAUGAAGCCCCGGGCAUUCCUACGUCUCUCUAUCCACCCAGAUCCCUCUCGGGGCUCUCGGGGCUACCUCCGGUCUUGACAGGCCCGUCCCCCAGCCUGAUCCCACCACCGCUGAUCAAGACCGGUCCAACAGGAUCGGUAAAGCGGUUGCAACCUGCGCACACGUCUGAGUCACCGGCUAAGAAGCAAUCCAAAUGGUCUCCCGAGGAGGACGCCCUUAUCAUCGAGCUGCGGGGCAGCGGGAUGAAGUGGGAGGAUAUCAGCAAGCGACUGCCUGGCCGCAGCGCGAUUAGUUGUCGCCUUCACUAUCAGAACUACCUUGAGCGCAGGAGCGAGUGGGAUGAAGAUAAGAAGAACAAGCUGGCAAGGCUGUACGAACGAUUCAAGGCGGAAAUGUGGUCUAAGGUCGCAGAGGAAAUGGCCAUCCCAUGGCGUGCAGCCGAAGCGAUGCACUGGCAACUAGGAGAGCAGGAAAUGGCCCGCCGCGCAGGCGUGGUGCCGUUUUCCUUGUCCAGCACUGCCAUUAAUCCCCCCCCACCACCAGAACUCGUCGAGCAAGCACCUCUCUAUCCCGACCACGAAAGACUUCCCUCUCACGCGCUAUCCCCGGUCACCCUCCCGGCAUGCCACCUCAACUGCCUUCCCUCGAAGAGCUGA